ACUUUUGUUUACAAAUUGUCUCUUUGGUGUUUUCCUUUAAUUUAGUUGGUAAGUUUUUUUAAUUCUCUUGUUUUUAAUUAAUUGAAUUGAUUCUUUAAUUAACCAUGGACGAAGAAUGUGAAAUCUCUAAACUCGAAGAGAGCUUAGAAGGGCCUUAUUUGAUUCGAGUUGAACAACCAGUUGAUGCUGAGAAAACAUUCAUUGCUCAAUCGAAAACGAUUUCACAGCCAUUAAGUGAUGAUGAAGAAGAGUUCUCAUUAGAUUCAUUGGAUUUCAAUUUUACAAACUGUGGGGAGAUUCAUAAUGGUAGACGAAGUAUAAUCGGACAGAUUAAUCAUAAUCACAAUUUGUCAACCAUUGCUGCUGAUUAUGCGUCUACUUCAAUUGAAGAAAGUGUUGAUACAAGUGAUGAUUCUGAAGCAAAAGAACCCUCAUCAGAGCGUAUCAGUGAUACUUUUGAUCCAUUUGAUCUUAUGAUUACAAAGAAAGUGUUCAACUUUUCCGAUUUAACACCAAAACAAGUUGCCAUUACCAUGGGGAAAUUAAGCUCUCGAUUGGAAACUAGUAAAAAGAUGUACCCAACAAUGAUCAAAGAUAAUAUGGUUAAGAAUUUACAGAAAUUGGAGGCCAACACACGAACCAAAAUUCAAGAAUUAGAAGAUGAAAGAAAGAGACCAUUAGAGCCCGAAGAAGACGAAGAAAACAAUCUACUAGUGAAAAUCAUCAAUCAAUUGGAACAUAAAUUGAAUACUCUAAAUGAACGGUUACAAUCAGUUUCGGAUUUGAUGAAAUCACAUGCAUCAGAUAAUUAAUUAAUUCUAACCAAAUGAGAAUAACGAAAAAAGUUCCAUUGAAAUGAUCCAAGACCAUCUUCCCUCUGGCUGAUUCCUUCAAGUCAAUCACCAUCUCAAGAACUUUUCAAUCGGCAAUUUUUCUGUAAUUUUCCCAAAAUCUAAGUUUAGCUUUAGCCUUAAAGAUACUUUGAUAGGUCAUUUCAAAGUCCAAAGUGAAAUUUAAAUUCUAAACAAAAAUCGAAACCUUCAAAACGAUUAGUAAACAAUUUAAAAAUUCGUGAAAUAGAGACAAUUAAUUUCCUAGAAUAUUCUAACCAAUCAACCAUUAUAAUCAUCUUGUGAGAAUCAUUUUCAACAUUUUCAACUGUGCGAUUAGUAAACUAAUUAACCUUGACAACUGUCAAGAAUUUAAACAAUUAAACUAACCAUUUUAAUCUCUUCCACCAUUUAAAACUGUAUAAAAACAAUUUAAUUCAUCUUUUCCUUGCAAAUCAAAUGUAAACAAAAUUAAUUCAACUUGAAAAGAUUAAGUGAAAAAAGUUAAUCAAUGAAUAAUUAAAAAAAAAGCAAAACUCUGGAAAA